CAUCACUCAAUAAGUGUCACUUAAACUCUUCCUCUAUAUACCUAUUUAUUCAUCCACCUCACCUCAAUUUCACACACUCACUGAAAACAGAGAAGAUACAUACAGAAACUGAGAGAAGCAAGAAAACAGAUCAAAACAUACACUCUCACUCACAAGUCACAAUUUGCACUCACUCACACACAAACUCACACACAAACUUCAAUGGGGAAUUACAGGUUUAGAUUAUCAGAUAUGAUACCAAAUGCUUGGUUUUACAAGCUUAAAGAUAUGAGCAAGACCAAAACACAUCAAAGGAAACCACAAUCAUCAUCUUCUUCUAAUUAUAUUUAUUCUCCAUCAACUAUCACAAAACAACCUCAAAAUAAUCAACAUUUUUCUCAACCAAGAAACUCAAUUUACUACACACCAAAAGCUUCUCAAUUUCACUACAAUUCUUCUUCACCUAAAUUCCCACAUUUUCAUGACCCACAAAAAAAAUCCUCAAAAAAUAAAGUACCAAAACCAAACAGAAAAACUAUCUAUAAACCUUCACCAAAACACACUCAUUCAACUCAACCCCUUCAAGAUUUCUUUCAUUCUCCCAAUGUAUCACCCUGUUCCACCGAGUCAACUCAGUCUGAACUCGCUACUGCCUCAUGGUGUACAACAUGUAGACUAAGUUCAUCAACUUCAGACAUUAUAAUCGAUAUAAACGACACGAAAAAAUCCGAACUUUUGUCAUCAUCACCUGAAAAAGACCUCAAAUUACCUCCCAUUAUAACAAAACAAUCCAAACAACCCAUUUCAAGAAACAAACAAAUAUCACAUUCUAGCAGCAAGAAAUUAGUCAACCAAACUCCAGCUAGAAAGUCAAUAUCUAAUGGGGUCAAACUUAGAGCAAACUCACCAAAACUUGCAGUUAGUAAAAGACUUAUUGCUGCACAAAGAAAAAACUUGACAGAAAGUUUUGCUAUUGUGAAGUCAUCUUUUGAUCCUCAAAAAGACUUUAUGGAAUCAAUGAUGGAGAUGAUCAUUGAAAAUAACAUCAAAAGUUCAAAAGAUUUGGAAGAGUUGCUUGCUUGUUAUCUUUCUUUAAAUUCAGCUGAAUAUCAUGAUGUUAUUGUUAAAGCAUUUGAGCAAAUCUGGUUUACUUUGCCAAAUCUUUGACACUUUUUUAUUACUUUGUUGUAGAAAGUGUUUAUAUUAGAUUAUUUUUCUGUUUGCUUA